UCCUACCGACUGAUUUGAAAUUUCAAUCUUACAACCCAAUCAUUCCGAGCGCUUCUUCACUUUCCAGGCAGGAAGGAAGUUGCUAAUGAUCGUGUCCGAGUUCGUUAUGGGGAUCUGCCUGUUCGGUCUCGGUGGAUUUACGAUGAUGCGAGAACGCGACGUUCAUCUAGGGGAGCGAAUCGCUUGGUUCCCCUUGCUGAUAACGAGCAUUUAUAUCCUAGCCUUUUGUUUCGGCGCAGGUGAGCCAUGCCCCCGGUACAUCGUUCUCCUCGUGAGCAAGUUCAGGGUACAGGAGCGACUUUCAGAUCCCCUUUGUCCCGCAGGACCCGUGCCCUGGACCUACAUGGGUGAAAUAUUCCCUCCGGAGUUGAAGGGGGUCGCUUCUUCGAGCGCCGCAUUCCUCAAUUGGCUCCUGGCGUUCGUAGUGACCGUUCCCUUUUCUUCGAUGAUAGCCGCGAUCGGGGGUUCCGCCACCUUUUGGAUAUUCUCCGUAAUUUGUUUCCUCAAUGUUGCAUUCUGCUACUUUUGCAUGAUCGAAACGAAGGGGAAAACGCUCGAAGAAAUAUUGAGGGAACUGGGUGUCAGUCGGGCAGCAGGUGCCUAUCCCGAUUUCCAGAAUACCGGCGAGGAUAUCCCGAAAAGAAAAUAACUAGAAUCCACCCCGAGGGAAUAUCCGAAAUUCGAUCGCGACUCGGAGAGCCAAACGAAUGACUAGUUUUUCUGCACUUCGGAUGCUGUGGAUCGAAGAAAGAAUACCUGCAAAUUUACGGAUACCGGAAGUAUAACGACCGAAGUGGCGGUCCCAUGCACGAAUGAUGUGAGGGUGUUUCGAGGACCGUAGGGUAUACGCGGAUGAAUUUUAACGACUGUACAGUACGCUUGUACGCAUGGUGUACAGUGCAAAAAUAUAUUUUAAUUAACGAGACGAAG